AUGCUCAUCUUGAUGAACCAAAGAGCAAUCAGUAGUUGCAUCCCCUUUGUGUAUCAAUCAAAUGAAGGAAUUCAUCAAGAGCUUCAACCUUCCAUCGCUGCAGUCAAGGCGAUGCAGAGUUCAGAAGUUCAUGUUCCUGUUGAUAAUAUGAAUGAUCCUCUGCAAGACAACGUUGUUGCUAUAAGAGAUGAUCAUGAGCCAACCAAUAUGUCAUGUGAUCCUCCUUCAAAUAUUGUAAGUGUUGUAGAUAUUCCUUCCCCAGAUGUUGAUGAUGAAGCCUUGGAAGAAAUCAUGUUUGAAGAUGACAACACAACUGUUGGUGUUCUUCCAAUUCGCACCUCGCUCAACAUUUUUCAGAAUCCUUCCUCCUCAAAAGCUUAUUUCCAUUUUGAACUCUUUUCAUACUUGAAAGCUUCAUAUGAAAAUGUUGAACCUGAGAAAAAUGACUUUGAUCAUCCUCCUCCAGAAAACACAUCCAAAGGACAUCAAGAUUCUCCUCCUCAAGAAGUUACACAUGAUGAUGACAAGAGUAAAGAAGAUGUUGAUCACGUUUCUGAAAGUUCUACUUCGAACACAGGAUCCUUCGAUGAAAAUAUUAUGGAUAUGCUUUGCUUGAUGGAACUUAAAGAUAAUGUUCCUACAGCAAACUCCAAGGUUGACAAGGUCAUUCAGCAAGUAGUAGGCCUUGAGUCAAAACAUUACCUGGUAGUCAAAUCUCUGUCCGAGAGAAAGGAUGUCACUCCAUCCUAA